UUUAGUUCAACGACACACCCAGCAAAUCAAGAACAACAACAGCAAAAAGGAGAAGAAGAGAAGCGGGGCGUUAAGCAGAGACGAAAUAUAAAAUACAGCUAAAAACUAAAACAAAAAACAAAAUGAAAUGAUAGAAGAAAACCAAGCUAAGCUGCAGAUGACCUUGCGAUACCCUUCCAUGUUUGCUGACAUCUUUGGCCAUAGGAAUCGAUUAAUUUAUGGACUAUCUCCAUGGCCUACUUCCACUAGAUAACGCAUGUACUCCGUCUGAAGGGAAGCAAAUAGCGAAAGACAAGGCGUACGUGCGUAAACAUGGAGAAAUAUCAGCAGACUGUGCUCGUAAAUUUUCAUAUCGUUGUUUGAAACCGCCUUCCUGCCCUAUGCACUAUAUCAGCAACAAAAACAACUACACCUAUCACUACAACAACAACAACAACAAACAACAAACAAGUCAACCAAAAAGCAAUCGUAAAAAGCAAAUAACUAGUCAAAAGUUGUAAUUGGAAGCAAAUGUUGUACAUACCUACGGAUAAAUUGUAAAUAUGUAUGAUUUUGCCAAGUGCCCCCCAUAACUCUUCUUCGUUUCUUCUCGUUUUAAUCAUCAGUUUGUCCGAUUUAAAUAUUAAACACUAAACUUAACUUUAAAGUUAACUUUGUAAAUGAAAAUUCAAAGAGUUUUGGGUAGCAAAUAGUCGUCCAUUGCUCGACUAUCGCUUAAAGUAAAAGUAAAGAUCAUUAAUUGGUUAAAUCCAUUCGAUAUUUAGAACCUUUGGCCAGCAAAAUUUAGCUAGAAGACAAAAUAUACAAGGAGAGAAAUUUUUGCAUACUAAAUUUAAUGAACCCAAACGGAGGCUGGAAAUAACAAGCAAAGCAGAGACCCAACAAUAAUUAGCAUUAAAAAUUGGUUAACAAAAACGGAAAUAUCGACGAGGAAAAACGGAUAAGUUGUACGCCCAUUGUGAUUAUUAAUUUUAGACGUAGGCCCAAGAAACCAAAAAACUAAAAAACCAAAAAACAAAAAAAAAAAACGAAAUAAGCAAAAUUCGAAGAGGAGAAUCGUUCGUUGCUCACAAAAAUACCAAAAACGACCAAAAAGCAAAGCAAAAGCAAAACGAGAGAAGCAAAAGCAACAUUAGCCGCCCAAGAAACUUAAAAAGCAUUAGCAAAAAAAAAAAAAAAAAAACAAACUCUUAGUUCAAUUCCAUCCAAAAACCAAAACCAAACUCUCGGCUUUGACAAAUGUGAGACGGCGGCGUUCAAACUAAAAAAGAAAUACACAAAAAAUCCAUUGAUGCGGCUGCCAAACACAACGACAACGCAGUCUCAACUUUUGCCCUAAAGCAUCUGUCCUCUAAACCUCUCUAUAUAUAUAUCUCUAUAUAUAUAUAAAAAGAUAUAUACAUCUGAAUCUGAAUCUGAAGUUCCCUUUAAACGCAAGGUUUCUCCUCUCCUGUAAAGUCGCGAGUGCGUUUCCGUAUCGGUAUACAGUUUUCCGUUUCGGUUUCGGUGGAAAACUAAAUAAACAGCGGCUGCUGCCACUGCCCACUGCCACUGUUUCGAUCGGAUCCGGUUCUGGGAAACAGCCGCCAAGAUGACCAUGUGGCAGAGUGGCGGCAUGGGAGGCCAUGGCUCCCAGAACAAUCCAUGGAUGAAGCUGAUGGGCAUCGUUCACAAGGAGCGUCGUCACACGGAGAACGUCCAGAGCCAGUCGGGUUCCAACGAGCGCAACCUAAACCAGUCUUUGCCCAAAUUGAGCAGUCAAGACGAAGAAGGGGGGGCUGGUCAUGGCUUUGGUGGCGGACCGCAACACUUUGAACCCAUUCCUCACGAUCAUGAUUUCUGCGAAAGAGUCGUUAUAAAUGUAAGCGGAUUAAGGUUUGAGACACAACUACGUACGUUAAAUCAAUUCCCGGACACGCUGCUUGGGGAUCCAGCUCGGAGAUUACGGUACUUUGACCCGCUUAGAAAUGAAUAUUUUUUUGACCGUAGUCGACCGAGCUUCGAUGCGAUUUUAUACUAUUAUCAGAGUGGUGGCCGACUACGGAGACCGGUCAAUGUCCCUUUAGACGUAUUUAGUGAAGAAAUAAAAUUUUAUGAAUUAGGUGAUCAAGCAAUUAAUAAAUUCAGAGAGGAUGAAGGCUUUAUUAAAGAGGAAGAAAGACCAUUACCGGAUAAUGAGAAGCAGAGGAAAGUCUGGCUGCUGUUCGAGUAUCCAGAGAGUUCGCAAGCCGCCAGAGUUGUAGCCAUAAUUAGUGUAUUUGUUAUAUUGCUAUCAAUUGUUAUAUUUUGUCUAGAAACAUUACCCGAAUUUAAGCAUUACAAGGUGUUCAAUACAACAACAAAUGGCACAAAAAUCGAGGAAGACGAGGUGCCUGACAUCACAGAUCCUUUCUUCCUUAUAGAAACGUUAUGUAUUAUUUGGUUUACAUUUGAACUAACUGUCAGGUUCCUCGCAUGUCCGAACAAAUUAAAUUUCUGCAGGGAUGUCAUGAAUGUUAUCGACAUAAUCGCCAUCAUUCCGUACUUUAUAACACUAGCGACUGUCGUUGCCGAAGAGGAGGAUACGUUAAAUCUUCCAAAAGCGCCAGUCAGUCCACAGGACAAGUCAUCGAAUCAGGCUAUGUCCUUGGCAAUAUUACGAGUGAUACGAUUAGUUCGAGUAUUUCGAAUAUUUAAGUUAUCUAGGCAUUCGAAGGGUUUACAAAUAUUAGGACGAACUCUGAAAGCCUCAAUGCGGGAAUUAGGUUUACUUAUAUUUUUCUUAUUUAUAGGCGUCGUACUCUUCUCAUCGGCGGUUUAUUUUGCGGAAGCUGGAAGCGAAAAUUCCUUCUUCAAGUCCAUACCCGAUGCAUUUUGGUGGGCGGUCGUUACCAUGACCACCGUUGGAUAUGGUGACAUGACACCCGUCGGCGUUUGGGGCAAGAUUGUGGGAUCACUGUGUGCCAUUGCUGGCGUGCUGACCAUCGCACUGCCGGUGCCGGUCAUCGUCAGCAAUUUCAACUACUUCUAUCACCGCGAAACGGAUCAGGAGGAGAUGCAGAGCCAGAACUUUAAUCACGUUACUAGUUGUCCAUAUUUGCCAGGUACAUUAGUAGGUCAACACAUGAAGAAAUCAUCGUUGUCCGAGUCCUCAUCGGAUAUGAUGGAUUUGGACGAUGGUGUCGAGUCCACGCCGGGAUUGACAGACACACAUCCUGGACGCAGUGCGGUGGCUCCAUUUUUGGGAGCCCAGCAGCAGCAACAGCAACAGCAGCAGCAACAACAACCGGUAGCAUCAUCGUUGUCGAUGUCGAUCGACAAGCAGCUGCAGCAUCCAUUGCAACAGCUGACGCAGACGCAACUGUAUCAACAGCAACAGCAGCAGCAGCAAAAUGGCUUCAAGCAACAACAACAGCAGCAGCAACAGCAACAGACGCAGCAGCAGCAGCAGCAACAGUCCCACACAAUAAAUGCAAACGCGGCAGCGGCAACGAGCGGCAGCGGCAGCAGCGGUCUCACCAUGAGGCACAAUAAUGCCCUGGCCGUUAGUAUCGAGACCGACGUUUGACUACUGGUGCAAAAGACGUUGCGUGGUAUAAAUUUGGCCUUGACAGGAGUUACGUUGGAUGCCAGAAACGACUACAAAAGCUGUUUAUAUUUAAUUUAAGUAGAACAAAUAACAAAAGGAGAAACAAAUUUAAUCUAUUGCUAAAUUAAAUUAAAUCUAAAUUAAAACUUAAAUUAAUUUAA